GCGUCAUGUCAAACGUCUACUAACCUUUUAAGCGGGUUUUAUUUUCUGAUUGUCUUUUUGCAAAACGAAGCAUUUAUUCUAGUAUGGUGAAAAAAGUGAUUUUCAUAAUUUUGUGCAUUUGAAAACGAGAAGAAAUCCUUUUGCUAGAAGAUUAUAAUUGGCUACAUCGUUAGAUUUAGAUUGGUGGUGUGUUUUAUUCGCUAGCAGCCUAUUUGCAACAGAUUACAGCGCGUGGGAUCAACCAAAGAAAAGGAUCCUUCAUAUCGCGAAAACACUUCUUUUCUUCCUCUAAUCACUGUCAUCAAACUGGACGGAAAAGAAACUAAAAGCUGCAGCAGCAGCUGCGGUGGAGGAGUCAAUGGCACGGGAAGUGUCACCUCCAGGAACCGGAAGAUGGCACCGAAAAAAAAAGAUAAGGAUGUUGAAGUGCUCAAACAACCGAAGAUUGACCAUCUUCAGACAGAUCACGAACUUUUUAUGCAGGCUUUUGAAAAGCCUACCCAAAUUUACCGUUACUUACGUACGCGUAACAUGAUAUCGCCAAUAUUUCUGAACCGCAACUUAUCAUACAUGCGCCAUCGAAUGUCUCGAUCGCACAAAACGCGAAACAUAUUCAAAAUCGACACUAUGCUAGCCCAGAAGAUGAACAAGAUGCGCAACGACAAGGCAAGUGGGAUAUCUCUCACAGGUGAAUAUCUGACCUUGCUGUUCCUGGGAUUCUUCGACAAAACACAGGAUGACGAUGCAAUAGAUGUCUCUAAAAACAAGGUAGAGAUCACCGAAAUUGGUGCAAAAACCGUUCAGGUUGAAACGGUGCUUUUAAAGAUCUCACACAACAAACGUAAAGAUAUCUCAUCAGCCCUGAUGCAAGUCGCAAUUGGAAAGUCCGAUGUUACAGUCAACCCCACCGAAAUGCCUCCAGAUGGAAAGGUACCGACGAUAAGCAUUGCGACUGAAUCGUUUAGUUCUGUGGGAGUAAAUCAGGUCACUGGUCCACAAUUGUCUUUUCUUCUACUGUUUAGGGUGCAUAUGCAUACGAGUGGGGGCAAUGGUUAUUGUUCCAUAUCAAACGGUGUCGAUGUUUAUGAAAAUUGUGGAAGCGAUGAAGAACCAGCUGCCAAGCGGCAAAAAAUCAGUGGUACGACAAGACUGUAUGGCACAGAGCUGAUUAUAUUUGAUAAGUAUGGUAGGUGUUUACUAAAAGAGGGGGACUACGAGCUUACAGUGCAAGAGAUUCUACCGCACCAACAACAACUGCAAAAGUACAAUUCACCUAAGAAGAAUUCAACAUGGGAAACUAUCCAGCCAAUCAACGGUGACCGGAUUAACGUGGACAUUUUGGAUAUAUAUAAGCAACACAAUGGAAUGGAUGACCAGAAUCCAGUUCUAGUAUUCAGUAAAUCUCCUAGUUUGAAAUUUCGAUUGCAAUGGACCAAAGAGGCUCUACCAGGUCUAGUGGACAGACCAAAACCUAUCAUGAUCAAUUUGAACAACAAUGAGGGUAACGAUAAGGAAAAUCACAAACCUGAAAAACAGCCUUCUUACAGAAAGAACCUCAACAUUAACAUUAAUAACAACAGCAUUCUAACUCCCGCUGCAGUGAAUGGACAUGCAAACAGUGGAUGUCUGAUGGAUGCGAAUACUACUGCACUAGUGGCUAUAGGUGCAUUAAGUACUACAGCUAAUUCAUGCGUUCCUUCAAACGAGUUGAAGCGUUAUACAGAUGAACCCAAAAUAGAUCAUAUCAUUUAUCAAUUUGUGUACAACAACAACUCUCGCCAGCAAACGGAAACCAAAUUGGAUUUUCACUGUCCAUGGUGUAGCUUGAACUGUAGUUCACUUUAUCCAUUGUUGAAACAUCUUAAGCUAUGCCAUGCACGAUUUAUAUUCACCUACAUUCCGAUACCCAACGGAGCUCGAAUUGACGUCUCGAUCAAUGAGCUGUACGAUGGGUCGUAUAAUGGAUCACCUCACGAUUUAUUGGACACAGUUAGUGCAUUUUCUCGCCGUGGUCCUGUACGAAGGACAGUUGUCACAAAUUUGCUCGUAUGUAGACCACGGCGUCAAAAACACAGUUUGGUAGAAUUCAUCGAAUGCGACGAAAACGAAUUCGAUAGCCAGCGACCCUUCAUUACUGGACAUAAUCGGAUGUACCAUCACACAAUGACCUGCUUGCCGGUUCACCCGAAGGAGCUAGAUAUUGAUUCAGAAGGCGAAAGUGACCCAUUGUGGUUACAAUACAAAACCAUGCAAAUGAUCGACGAAUUCACUGACGUGAACGAAGGUGAAAAAGAACUGAUGAAAAUGUGGAAUUUGCACGUCAUGAAAUAUGGUUAUGUCGGAGACUGCCAGAUACCAAUUGCAUUGGAAAUGUUCAUUGAAUGCCGUGGGAGGGAGUUAUUGAAUAAGAACCUAUAUCGCAACUUUAUUCUGCAUAUGUCUUCAAUGUUUGAUUUUGGUCUGGUAUCGCCAGAAGCAAUGCAGAAGACGAUUAGAAAGUUACAGAAACUACUGUUUGAAAGUCCUGAUCUACAAAGGGAGGUGACUAUAACGCGAAAAGAACAAAUGGAAUACUGGACCACAGUGACAGUUCACAAACAAGUUCAGCCAAAGACGGAAAAAACUGCGGAUAAAGCAAGCGCGGGCGCUAGCGGAACUCCGUCUACACCAUUACACAAAUCCAGCGCCAGUGGUUCAGGGACUGAAAAGAAAGUGAAACCUACAAUCACUCCCGCCAAGAACACAGGUUCUCAAACGAACACAGCCUCAUCGAUGGCGGACAAAACUGCCAUUUCACUAUCUCGUCGCAGAAGCGCAAGUGCUGCGCUUCAUUCCAAUUCAUCCGCCAACAACACUGCCAGCAAAGACACAAAUCAAUCAUCCCACAACCACUCAUCUAUAUUGUGUCCUUCCAUACACUCCACCAGAAGAUCAUCCACUGCCAAUAGCGUGGCGGCUGCCAUCAGAAACAACAGUCGAACAUCGACUAUUACCACCAGAAGGAAAUCACUUUCCGUUGGUACACACCAGCAGCGUAAAAGGUCCAUCAACUGACUCGCCUUUCGCUGAUGGAGACGUUCAUGGGAUCAGUGACAUAAACUACCUGUACUGCCGCCGCUAAAUGGAUUCGGUUCACCGCUGUUAUUGUCGUGCACGGUAGCGAAGUUGCGUGCGAUAUCAUAGAACAGUAAUGAGCUAAUGUGUUAGUGUGAUUCGGGUUUGAAAGACUGUGUGUAUGUGUUUGUGAAUGGUUGAUGCACGCUCCGUGGAUGUAUAUUUUAGGGACAAAAAUUGUAAUAUCCAAUAAGGGUGUGUAUUCAUUAUAGAAUAUAACUAGUAGAAACGUAUUAUUAGAGAGUGGGAUCGAAAACAUUUCAGGAACGACAGAUUUCUUUUAAAAGAUGAUUAGCAAAACAAAAAAUCCUAUGUGAGCGAGCUGCCAGCGCACCUCAAAAUGGUGGGUCGUUCUGGUAGACCUGGAUCAGGUUUUCAAAUCACUUGCGAUGGAUAUUUUUGUAGUAUUUUCCGACAGGCAUUUUACAAUAAAAACGAAUACAUUUUAGAAGACAAAAGUGAUACAUUCAAA